CCAAACACCACUGCAAGGCAACUCCUGCAGACCAGCAAAAGCCACUGGUCCCCUCAGUUUAAGUGCGCGUCCCUACGAACGGCGUCUCCCAAAGCAAAGGGCGCGGAUUCGCAGGCUUUCCCCAAGGUGCCCGACUCCAGGCGGAAGAGCCUGCGGCAGUUCUCCAUCACCACCGCCCUGAACACCCUCAACCGGAUGGUCCACGCGCCCGCCGAGCGGCAGGCGCUGGAGAUCAGCUCCCCCGUCCUCAUCAGCUCCAGCAACCCCACCGUGGCCACCCAGAGCAGCGAGAAAGCGGAGUUUCCCUACGGCACUCCUCUCCAGGUCAGUGCAUCUUACUAUCCUGCGCCGGGAUCAUUGGGGCACUCAGCAGCCAUUGUCACUCUUCCCCAUCUGCAGCACCACAUAUCAGCUUAUAUGUGCGUGGCUCUCCAUUCCUACGUGGCUCAUGGACCGGACGAGCUGGAGCUGCAGAAGGGAGAAGGGGUCCGCGUCUUUGGGAAAGACCAUGACGGCUGGUUGCGGGGCAUGUCCCUCGUCACGGGGAGAGUGGGGAUCUUCCCCAGCAACUACGUCGCUCCCCUCUUCAGGAAAUCUAAUCUCUCCGAUUCGAAGAUGCCUUCCCUGUAUGCCUCAUGGACGCUAUCGACCUCCUCACUCUCCUCUCAAGGGAGCAUCUCAGAAAACGGCCCAAGACAAAGCAGACCUUUGAAACCGGCGCUGCUGCCCGUGCCCGUCACCUCACCCGGGAGGAGCGUGGCCGCGGCGGCCUCGGGACAGGCAUCGCUGCGGCGCGGACGCGGCAGCAUGAGGAAGAACGGAUCCCUGCAGAGGCCGGGGCAAGCAGGGACCCCCGUGCAGGUUGCCGGCUCCCUCAGGCGUCCUCCCACGGCUGCGGUGCGACCUCAGCAGUUUCAGCUUUAUCAGCACGUCAGCCCCCAGCCGCACAGCAUCCCUCCUGGAGCUGGCAUGGCCGAGGCAGGAACAAGGCCAAACUUCUCCCACGAUGCUUCACCGGCGCUUGUGGUCAGAGGAGUGGAAAGCAGAACUCCCUCUGUGUGCAGCUCGGUGAUCCUGGAUGCCAAAGACCCUCCAGCAAAGAGCGAGGCAGCUCCAAAGCCACCUGCGUCAGCCCCGCCAUCCAUCCUGGUGAAACCAGACACCUCCCGCAACAGCGCCGAAAAGCAAGUGAAGACAGUGAGGUUCCAGAACCACAGC